AUGAAUUUCGUUGGUAGAAUCAAUAAAUCAUCUGCUGGUCAGUUGAUGAAUAUGGUCGGUAAGAGAUCGUUCGGAAGUGUAUCGAACUCCUACACACUCCCACCAUUGCCCUAUGACUUUGGUGCUUUGGAGCCGGUGAUCAGUGGUGACAUCAUGAAGUUGCACUACGAGAAGCAUCAUCAAGCCUAUGUAAAUAAUUUGAAUAUCGCACUCGACAAGUACGCUGCAUGCGAGGCCGCCAAGAACAUCGCUGGUUGCAUCGCACUCCAGCCAGCCAUCAAGUUCAACGGUGGUGGACACGUCAAUCACAGCAUCUUCUGGACCAACUUGGCACCAAAGAAUGCAAAGGGUGGUGUUGCUCCAACCGGUCCAUUGGCCGAUGCAAUCAACCAACAAUAUGGUUCACUUGAGAAAUUCAUUGAGAAAUUCAAUACAAAGACUGCUGCCAUUCAAGGUUCUGGUUGGGGAUGGUUAGGAUAUUGCAAUGAGUCAAAGAGAUUACUCAUCCACACUUGUGCCAAUCAAGAUCCAUUGACUGACUUUACUCCAUUGUUGGGUAUUGACGUUUGGGAGCAUGCUUAUUAUCUCCAAUCCAAGAACGCCAGACCAGAAUAUUUGAAGAACAUCUGGCAAGUUGUAAAUUGGAGCAACGUUGCUGAAAGAUAUGAUCAAGCCAGAAAAAAACUUUAA